GGCUUCUGCGCGCCGCACCCCAGCUUCUCCGCAGCCCCCAGCCCCGCGCGGGACUCGCCCCCCGCCGCCAAGAUGGUCAUCCAGAAGGAGAAGAAGAGCUGCGGGCAGGUGGUUGAGGAGUGGAAGGAGUUCGUGUGGAACCCGAGGACGCACCAGUUCAUGGGCCGCACCGGCACCAGUUGGGCCUUUAUCCUCCUUUUCUACCUCGUCUUCUAUGGCUUCCUCACGGCUAUGUUCACCCUUACCAUGUGGGUCAUGCUGCAGACUGUCUCUGACCAUACCCCCAAGUACCAGGACCGCCUGGCCACACCGGGCUUGAUGAUUCGCCCCAAGACGGAGAAUCUUGAUGUCAUUGUCAACGUCAGUGAUGCUGAGAGCUGGGACCAGCACGUUCAGAAGCUCAACAAGUUCUUGGAGCCUUACAACGAUUCCAUCCAAGCCCAGAAGAAUGACGUGUGCCGCCCUGGACGCUACUAUGAACAGCCGGAUAAUGGAGUUCUCAACUACCCGAAGCGUGCCUGCCAGUUCAACCGAACCCAGCUGGGCAACUGCUCUGGCCUCGGCGACCCGACCCACUACGGUUACAGCACUGGGCAGCCCUGUGUCUUCAUCAAGAUGAACCGGGUCAUCAACUUCUACGCCGGAGCCAAUCAGAGCAUGAACGUUACCUGUGUGGGGAAGAGAGAUGAAGAUGCUGAGAAUCUCGGCAGCUUUGUCAUGUUCCCUGCCAAUGGCAACAUCGACCUCAUGUACUUCCCUUACUAUGGCAAAAAGUUCCACGUGAACUACACGCAGCCCCUGGUGGCCGUGAAGUUCCUGAACGUGACCCCCAACGUGGAGGUGAACGUGGAAUGCCGGAUCAAUGCGGCCAACAUCGCCACGGACGACGAGCGAGACAAGUUCGCCGGCCGCGUGGCCUUCAAACUCCGCAUCAACAAAACCUGAGGCCCCUUCCUCCUGCCCCCGCCUCUUUCCUAUGGAUGCUUCUGGAAUGUCCCUGACCCUGCCUGAUCCCUCCCUCACCCACCCCAAAGGUAUUUUUUAUAACAGAGCUAUGACUUGUUGGAGCCUCACGCCCUUUUUCUUUACUUGUGAACCCAGCCUGACUGCCGUUUGUGAUUCCCAGCCCUCAGUUUCCCCCCCUUCCUCUCCCGAUUCUAGCGGAUUCUAGCUCGGUCACAGGCAGGGAGACAGGAUCCCGGGACGGCCCCAGGGGAGUUAGCUGUUCUGGUUCUGGUUUAGCUGUGAGUGGGGUGUCUCCACCCCUCCGUCCCCAGAGAGCUAUAGAAAAUGCCUGCCCGCUCACCUUCACACCCGCCUUCACACUCAUCCACCUCCUCACACACACACACACACA